AUGUUCUCCCUGUUGGCAAAUGGUUUGUUCUUUGCUUGCGUUAACGUUGCUGGGAUCUUUAUACACAACCUUACCGAUCGCGCUCAACGAAAGACGUUCUAUGACACAAGGAACUGCAUCGCAGCCCGCCUUGAAAUUGAGGACGAGAAUGAAAAAUUGGAAAAACUUUUGCUUAGUGUGUUACCCCAGCAUGUGGCUAUGGAAAUGAAAGAUGAUAUCACAACUCCACAUCAAGGCAUUAUCCUAUUUGCUGAUAUAGUUGGAUUUACAGCACUUGCAUCACAAUGCACUGCUCAAGAACUGGUGAGAAUUUUGAAUGAAUUGUUCGGUAGAUUUGAUCAACUGGCUAAGAACAACAACUGCCUACGCAUUAAAAUCCUCGGUGAUUGCUAUUACUGUGUGAGUGGACUGCCCGAGGCCAGGCCAGACCACGCGAAAUGCUGCGUGGAGAUGGGCCUGGACAUGAUUGAUGCCAUUUGGUAA